AUGGGCAACUGCCUCAACAGCAAAUCGAUAGCGACCGACGCCGUCGUCGUGCCAACGCGCGUCAAGUCGAUUGCGCCACCGCCGACGCCGACGCCAACGACGGCGCGGGACCCGGCGUCGGUCCUCUUGGCGAAUGUCAACGUCGAGGACGCCACGAUACCCAUGUCGCAGCUCAAGGUCGACGGCCGCGCCGACGGCUACUCGAGCGCGCUCGCGCCGUGGGAUGCCGUAUACGACGGCACGUACAACGGCGCGCGCGUGCUCCUCAAGCAAAUGACGCGCCGCGCCGCGGCCAAGACGACGACCGACCGCCUCGUGUACAUUCUGCGGCUCAUGCUCGGUGUGCGGCACCCGAACAUUGUGCAGUUCUUUGGCGUGAGCUGGGACGGCGACGACUGCAUCUGCAUGGUCACGGAGCGCCUCGACGCCGGCGACCUCGCGUCCGUGGCUGCCAUGCCCGAGAUUGAUCUCUCGCCCAUCGCGAGCGUCGCCAUCUUGCUCGAUAUUGCGCGAGCGAUGGCGUAUUUGCACUGCCAGGAGCCCAAGAUCGUGCACCGGGAUUUGCGCGGCGCCAACAUUCACAUUGGGCAAGAUCUGCGGGCCAAGGUCGCCAACCUCGAAAGCAGCGUCGAGCUCGGGCCGACGCCAUUGACCGCGAUCGUCGGCACGCCCGUGUGGGUGGCCCCCGAGAUCAUGCGUGGCACCGCGUACGACGAGAAGGUCGACAUUUACAGCUUUGCGAUGGUCAUCGUCGAGCUCUUGAACCGCGAGGCGCCGUUCGCCAGUGUUCCGCGGGACGAGAAAGCGCAGCUGCUGCGCCAGGUUGCUUUUGAACACCGCCGCCCGACGAUUCGCAACGAAGCCGCGUGGCCGCCGAGCCUUUUGCAGCUCCUGCGUGCGUGCUGGGCGAGCGACCCGACGAUGCGCCCGUCUUUCGUGCGCAUCAUGGAUUGUCUCGAGAUGAUUCUCGCCGACCUCUGUGCGCGGUAA